AUGUUAAUUGGUUUUUAUUCUUUUCAGUUAAAAAUGCCAUCGAAACACGAAAAAAAUCGAAAAAGAGAUUUGGAUGCUGACACCUCCAUUGAAGAAGACAGGGAAGAAAGUCGAAGACAUCGUCGUUCAAGAUCGCGUUCACCCAAAAAUGAAGAGUCAAUGUCAAUUGAAGAAACAAACAAAUUGAGGGCUAAACUUGGACUAGCGCCUUUAGAUUCGGAUGAUAAAACAAGCACGGAACCGGUGGAGAAGGAGGAUGGAAGUGGGGAAAAGGUAUUUACCGAAGACGGCGUAGAAAUAGUGCACAAGCCCUCACGAAAUUGGUCAGAAGAAAAACGUCAAAAAGAGCUUAAAGAAAAAUUGGAAAACAAAAAGCGUCAAAGGGAUUUACAUUCAAAAGUGUUAAAAUCAAAAAAUUUGGCUGAGGAAGAAGACGAAGAAAUUGAAAACACAAAAAAAUGGAUUGAAAGGUCGAGAAGGAUUGAGGAGGAAAUGAAAAAAGCUAAGGAAAAGGAAAAAGAAUUGGAAGAGAUGGAUGAGUCUUUUGGAAUUGGGGCUUUGCUUAGAGAGGAACAAUUGAAAAAAUUGAAUAAGAAAAGAGGAGGAAAUGUUGAGACAGAACCCUCUUCUGGCGGAUUAAUUGUUGGUCAUUCUGUUCAAGACUUUAAAGAAGGAAGAGAAACAAUUUUAGUUUUGCAGGACAAAAGUUUACUUCUCGAUGGGAAAGACGCCGACGAAGAAAUUUUAAUAAAUCCAAAUAUGGUAGAAAAUGAAAGGACAAAAUUAAAUGUGGAAAGAAGAAAGAAAAAAGCAACGCAUUACCAAGCUUAUGAAGAAGAAGAAAUUGAUGAAUUUGGACAAAUUAAAAGGAAAGAAAUUUUGGAUAAAUAUAAUGAGGGAAUGGAUGGAGAAAAUAAAAAGAAGGAAACUUUUCGAUUAGAUGAAACUGGACAUUAUGAUUUGGAUAAAGAAGCCAAGGAAGCAGAAGCUAAACGUAAAUUAAUGAUGGUAAAUAAAAAGUUUGAAUCUUUGGGAGAGACGAAAUACACUUUGACGAAUGAAUUUUAUACGGAGGUUUUUUUUAUUAAACAAAUUUUUUGGGAUCAACCCACAAGGAAGGUAAUCUCCCAAAAGUUUAGAAUCAAUUCCAGCUUUGUGUGUAAGAGAGUUUUUGUGAAGAUUAAGACGUUUGUGGGUAUUAAGAGAAAUUUCGAUAGAUUUGGGCUGAUUAAAAUGGAUUUCUUGGAAUUGAUGAAUAUAAGCUUUUGUGCAACUUUCUUAUAGGCAAAGGAGGGGGG